GGGACCUGACCAACUGAACCUGUGCGCAAUGUGGACAUUUAACUUUUAAAAAACCCUGGUGGAUUUCUGGUCAUCUCAGACGGAUGCGGCAACAAUUGGAUUCCUUUUUACUUUUGUCGUUAUCAAGAGAUGUUUUGUCUAUGACAAUCCUGUCGGAGAGACCACGCUUGUAAAACAGACUUCAACUUCAUUCUUGGCCAAUGACGAAGGCAAGGCAAGCGGCGAAUUCCUCACCGCGGCCGCGACCCAAUAAGCGGCGAAGUGGACAGGGGAUGGACGACGGAGGAGGAGAGGGGCAGUCGAGCGCGCCACCGGAUCAAGCGCGCAGUCGGCUGUCUGGAGGGCACCUGGAGUCAGCCGUUGGUCACGAGUCGCCUAGAAGUAGUGAUGAGGCGCCAGUGACCGCGCGAGCUCAAGAUGCGCACUCGAGCAAACCUGUCACCAAAAGCCGAACAGGAACGUCGACCCUUCGCCGCACCCCGAGCGGAGGACAAGAAAUGAAACCAGAGAAGCCAAAAGUGCCCGGCAAACCAAAGCAACCGAACGGCUCUGGCAGCCAAAAGAGCUGUAAUAAAUCCUCUGGGCUGAGAAAACUAUCGGACGCCAGCAGCACUUCAGAUGAGCUGAGCAAAGACUCCGGAUGCGCCACUGGAAAGUUGUCAUCGGCAGGCAGUUGCUCAGAAAUGUCGGAUUUCACGUCGGAGGAGAAUAAACUCUCCACAGACGCCCAGUGCAGUGACACUGAGACCAAUAGCCGGGAUAGUUUCAGUGAUGUGGACAGGACAGACCUUGGACACAGUGUCUCUGGCAUCAAAAGUGCAGGCACGAAUGUUAUCAGUUCAUCGACAGCCGGUAACACCUUGGCGCCCGCACCUGGUGUUGGCGAGGGGAGCAUCUCUCCCGCGGACGAGAGACCCUUCCCCUCCAUGGAGAGCAGACUCAACUUCAGCUCCUCCGUGGCGUUCUCUGAUCUUACCGGAGAGUUUGUUGAUGGGAUGCACGACGAGCUCGUGCGAGAGAUUGAUGAUUUAAGAUCAGAAAACGAAUAUUUGAAAGAUGAGAUGGAGGAGCUGCGUUCGGAGAUGCUGGAGAUGCGCGACCUGUUCCUGGAGGAGGACGUGUACCAGCUGCAGGAGCUGCGGCACCAGCUGGAGCAGGCCAACAAGACCUGCCGCAUCCUGCAGUACCGCCUUCGCAAGGUCGAGCGCCGUAGCCUGCGCGUCGCACAGACAGGCCAGGUGGACGGGGAACUCAUACGCGCCCUGGAGCACGACGUCAGGGUUGCUAAGAGUGUGUCGAUGCGUCUGCAUGCGGAGCUGGAGACGGUGCAGAAGAGACGGCAGCAGCUGGAGUGGGAGAACCAGGAGCUGAGGGAGAGGACUCAGGACCUGGAGGUGGCCAACCAGGUGCUGCACAACGAGAUGGAGAAGACACGACAACAAGACAACACGAAUUCUCUGAGGAGGAGGAGCAUGAGGUCCUCUACUGGCAAGCCGGAGAAGAAGCUGUCCCCACAGGACGACAGUGCUGAUCUGAGAUGCCAGCUGCACUUUGCCAAGGAGGAGUCUGCCCUGAUGUGCAAGAAGCUGACCAAGAUGGCCUCCGAGAGCGAGGGCAUGCGCGAAGAGCUCUCCAAGUACCGCCUCCUCUACGGCGAUGUGGACUGUGGCCAGCUGGCGGCCGCCGCAGUGGCGGACGGUGGGGUGGCCAACUCGCCCCUGGCCCGCGAGGCGGAGGUCAAAGUUCACCUGCGUCUGGUGGAGGAGGAGGCCACGCUGCUGAGCAGGAGGAUCGUGGAGCUGGAGGUGGAGAACAGAGGGCUGCGGGCGGAGAUGAGCGAGAUGAGGGACAGGAGAGGAGGAGGAGGGGGAGGAGGGCGGAGAGGAGGAGGAGGAGAGGAGGAUGAGGAGUUCAUGAUGGAUGGAGGAGGAGAACAUCUGGCUCUGCCGGUGUGCGUGGGAGUGAUGCCUGGUCAUAUGGGUGAAAGCAGGCAGGUGACCGUGAGCAUCAAGGACAUCGCGCAGGUGGAGCCGGUGACGGUGGUCGCCAAACAGAUCCAAACGGAGGAAGGGUUCACCGUGGUGGAGGUCCCCUGCAGUAGAGUUCACAUCAGCCCUCCCGAGCCCCCCGUGACAUCACCAGUCGACACCAAGCACUCGCCUGAUGGUGUUCCGGAGAAGGUGACGAGACAUGGUAGCGCUGACCCUUUGACCUUGGCUAAAGAACUUGGCCUGAACGACCUCAAGGCUCUCCUGGCCAUUCACAACCAGGCCCUGCUGGUCAGUUCCGCCCUCGACCUCCUGAGGGCACCUGCUAAAAAUGGCCUGUCCCCUUCCUCCAACCAGAAGACCCCACCACCACCACCGCCGCCACCACUGUCCGAUUACCUGACCAAAGCAGAAUCCGACCGUCUCUCACCCAACGUCCCUCUUCCUCAUCCUCAUCCUCAUCCCCAUUCUCGGCCACGGGACUUGCCCUCCUUCAACCCUCUCUCCGGGGACCUGGAGGUGUUCCAGACCCAGCUACACGUCCUCGCCGAGCGGAUAAAGGCUCUACUGGACUCCACCGAAGCCCGCAAAGACUUGUCACCCUGCGACUCAGUGGCGCCCUCUUUGGAGAGCAAGGGUAGCGCAGGGUCGUUGUCUGUGCCAACGGUGGCGAAUGGGGAACUGGCGCAACACAACAAGGAUACGUUGGCACUGCUAAAGGUGGAUCUGUCGCCCGGCUGCCCCUGUGACCAGGAGACGCUGGUGCUGCUCACGCUUCAGCUGCGCUGGUUCCUGCAGCAGUGGAGGCAGGGGGAGGAGGCCACAGACCUGUUUGAGGUGGGCUGCCAGAAGAAGCUGCGUCUGCUGAUGGAGGGUGAGGAGGCAUCUGACACGGAGGAGGCUAAGAAGAUCAGCCCCAUGGCCCCCAAGCCCUUCCCAUCACAGGUAAAUGGUCCUGAGGACAUGGUUGUAAUGGAGCUAAAGGCGGCCAUGUUGGAUCUGAGUGGUGAGCUGCAGGAGGAGAGGAGGGCGGGGCUGGAGCUGGCCCAGCAGUUCGCCAGGGCCAAGGCAGGCUGGGCUGUGGAGAGGACCGAACUCAGAGGGGUCAUUCACACGCUGGAGAGUGCAGGCAGCAAGCUCCUUCCAGAGCUGAAGGGGGCGCCGGCGGUGCCUCUGCCUGUGCGCGGCGAGCACGUGGAGAAGCUGCAGCACAUGCUGGCCGACUCGUAUGCCGUGGUGAUGGAGCUGACGCGGCAGAUGAAGAUGCGCGAGAGGAACUGGAGCACGGAGAGGCAGGAGCUCCUGGACUACUUACAGCAGAUGCAGAUGGAGCAGCAGCAGCAACAUCAGCAGCAUGGAGGCAAAGAGGCUGAGGUUUCUGCUUUCAAGAUGUGCGCGGGUGGAAGAGGACACCAAGGCUUCGGGACACCAAGCAGGCCUAAACCCAUCCUCACCGAACCAUCUAAGACCUCAGGCAAAUCCAAAAACAGCAACGACAAAGCCAAGAACUGGCUGUACGUGAACGACGAGGCCGAGCUGAUGGACCAGCCGGACGCCCACAGGACCUGGGACUACCCCGUCAUGCCCCCCAGGUUCCCCGGCCUGAACCUGACCUUUGACCCCUCCUCCAGGAGCCACACGGCCCCCGAGAGGACCUCCCUGCGGAUCUACUACAGCCCGCCCUCCGCACGCCGCGUACACCUGUCCAAGCUCACCUGGGAGAAGGAGGACGCCUACCUGGCGGAGAAGAGCAAGGAGAUGGAAAGGCAACAAAAUGGCGGCUGUUGUUUCCCGACAACACUGGUGCAGAAGAGCAGCAGAGUAGUAGACGAAGACAUGCAGUCUCUCAGCUUUCAAACCGGGUUGCCGCUGGACUUUCACGAUCUGCUGGAGUGUAGUAGCAGUAGCAGCAGCAGCAGCAACGGCAGCGCUAACCCCAUUGGAGUGGCUAACGGAGGCGGUGGCGUGCAGCACUGCUUCUUCCAGCCCCCUCAGGUGCUCGCGGCCGCCUCGCUCCUGCACCUGGGCGGUCUGGGGCAGAUGUCCACCGCCAACCUGAGUGACGACAUGAAGGAGAUGACGGCCAGCGUGCGAUGUGGUGGCGGUGGCGGCGGCGGGGGGCCGAGCCGAGGGAGCUCCCUGGAGAGGGGGCGUGGGCUGAUGAAGGACGCCUGCAGCCAGACCACCCAGACCCAAACCCAGACCCAGACCCAAGCCCAGACCCAGGCCCAGGCCCAGGCCCAAUCACAGCCGCAGAACCAGCCCCAGGUCCAUACGGUCAGCACGGGUAUGCAGACGGAGGGGGUGAGGGGCGUUGCCGCGGCGGGGAGAUACUGGUCCCCAAGAGGCACUACAGCUUCCCUAGUGUCACCUCGUGCCCAGCACAUAUCCUCAUCCCUGGAGCGGGUGUCAGGUCGAGCAGAGAAACCCCUGCCGUGCUCCACCUCCCCCAAACUCUACCGUCGCCACUCAGCCUCGUCCCCGUUCUCCUCCUCCACUUCCUCCACCACUUCUCCAUCCAUGUCCUUCCCUCCUUCGCUCUCGUCUUCCUCCUCCCUCAGCAACAACAACCCAUCCCGUCUGGAGCCCCCGUCUAAGGAGCGUGGGGGAGGUGUGUGGGGAGGUCUGGGUUCCCAGAGGGGGUCCUCAUGGGCCCGCUCCAGCACGGGCAGAGCUGGGUCGGCAGCAGCAGCCUCUCCAGGCACAGGUGGUAGUAGUGGUGGUGGUGCCUCUACUUCUACUGCUGCUGGCACUACUCCGGAGAAGACAUCCAGCGGCCGCAAAGCCGUGGGCAUCCACCGCUACGGUCUGGUGCAGGAGUUCAUACGUAACGUAUGCGGUCGAGGGGACAAGGCAACAGCAGCCGCAGCAGCAGCAGCAGCAGGGGGAACUGAGAAAUCGGAGAAAUCAACGACAGGGUCAGUGGCAGCGGACAAAGCAGGGGUGCCCACCACGGCGGGGCGGAGGGACAACAUCGGCAUGGCGGGCCAGAAGAAGGCGGAGCGGCCGUCGUCGAGGGUUACGCUGGUCAGGCACGACAGCGUGACGAGGAUCGUGAACCGCAGGUUCAUGAAGCAGGCGCCGAAGGACGAGGCGGGCCAAAAGAAGGAGGAUCCAGCGACCCAGAGUCAGACACAAAGCCAGACGCAAAGUCAGCAGGCCCAGACCAGCAAGGUGCCCAUCAGCAAAGACAAGAACUUUGCCAUUGGCUCACUGGAGAGGGAUGGCGGUGCGUGUGACUGCAGUGCCCGCUCUCUCACGUCCUGUUUUGCUCGCCCAUCCCGCUACAACACUAACCACGCCCACAAUCCGUGCAGGCACCGCCCACAUGACUGUCCCUCAGCAGCUGCGGUGAAGGGGAACGCUGCCGCCCCGUAGAACAUUUCCACACUUCAAACUUAACAUUACACUUGCCUGACGCUCCAAAGCAACUCACAGAGAUUUAGGUUAAGGGUGUUGCUUACAGUCCCCGGAGUAACAUCAAGUUGGAUGUAUGAUACCAUCUACCUUGCGUAGGAACCUGCAACCUUCAAAUCACAAGACAAUGCCCAAUCCCAGUUGGCUCCCGUCCACACGACUGCCCCACACAAGUUUAACAAAAAAAACAUCCACUCCAGAGUGUGGCUUCAGGACUAAGGCAUGGACUCCAAUGACGGAAAACCAGGGCUUACAUUUUUAAUCGUGUAUGUUCAGGCCUGUCAGGCCUGCGUCCUUGUAAUGAUUAAAUCAGAACGCG